CAUGCUAGGAAUAGCUGCUGCUUCCUGGUUAUGUUCCAGACGUGGAUAGCUGCCCACAGAGACACAGCUCUGUACACUCAUAGGGAACUGUCACAUUCAACUGGACUAUCUUCAGAAAGGCGGACAGUAUUGUGAUUAAAGAAGAAUGGGUGCAGAGGUGAAGGAAAGCCUGAAGCUCUACAGAAAAUACAUUAUAAAUAUAAUUCGACCCUCCUAUGUCCUGGACUUUAUGGGAUCCUGGAUGUCGGAAAGUAUAAUAGACCAGAUUAAGGCUGAGGAGGCAAAAGGACCAACUGCAGCUGCAAAAUUAUUUGUAGAUGAACUGCUGGACCUGGAAGCUGAAGGAUGGUAUCAAGGACUUAUAGAUGGUCUACGUGCUGCAGAAUAUGAAGGACUAUCUCGAGCACUUGCAGAUACAGACUUCGCAGACAUUGAAAGUCUAGAUGAACACAAACAACGCCUUAAUGUUAUCAGAGCAACUGUAACAUGUAACAUUGAUCCUAAAGAAGUAGUUCCUGACCUGGCUGUCUGUCUCAUCAAAAGGGAAGUUGAGGAGAUUUUGCAGGAAACAAGAACGAAUGGUCCCACCUCUGGAGCACAGAAACUCGUUGACUGCCUUCUCCGAUCCGAUAAAAAAGAAUGGCCAAAGACGUUUACUCUAGUCUUGGAAGACUAUGAAUGCGAAGAAGUCCUGCAACUUUGGAAGGGGGACACAGAAUGCCAAAAUGAGAAGAAAAUGUCCACUGAUGACCCAGGGGAAGUAGCUAGUCCUUUUAUGAUGAUACAGUUCACUGAAGAGCCUGUACUGGAUAACCAAUGUCUGUCAGCCCCUGGGGAACCCGAACCGGAGCAGGAUUGUGAGCACACUACAAAACCUGCUAAAAUGAUUUCUCCUCCAGUAUCAAUAAAAGCCAUGAAGCUUAGAAAAUAUCAAGAAGAGUUGGCUCAACCUGCAUACAGAGGCAAUAACACAAUUAUAUCUGCCCCGACAGGAUGUGGAAAAACAUUUGUGGCGUUAUCGAUUUGUGAUCACCAUCUAAAAUCUAUGCCAAAUAACCAAAAGGGAAAGGUUGUGUUUAUGGCUACCAAAGUGCCAGUGUAUGAGCAACAGAAAAAUAUUUUCCACCAGUAUUUUGAAGAUACUGGAUAUUCAGUGACUGGGUUCUGUGGAGAACAAGCUGAUAAUAUUCCUAUAGGGAUGGUCAUUGAACAGAGUGACAUCAUUAUUUUGACCCCUCAGAUUCUUGUCAAUUGUUUAGAGGAUGGAUUGCUGUCUUCCCUGUCCAUCUUUACCUUAAUGAUUUUUGAUGAAUGCCACAAUACAAUAGGAAACCACCCCUACAAUGUGUUAAUGUUUAAGUACUUGGACCAAAAGCUGGACUCGCCAGGUCAAAAACUUCCUCAGAUCGUUGGUUUAACAGCUUCAGUGGGCACUGGAAAGUCCCGUUGUGCUGCAGAAGCUGUGGAAUACAUCAGUAAACUUUGCUCCAGUCUGGACAUUGAAUGCAUCUCUACGGUUAAAGAAAGUUUGGAAGAGCUGCGCAAAGUGGUGUACAAACCGGAGAAAUUUGUUCAUGAAGCACGUUGUCGUAUGGAUGAUCCAUUUGCUAAGAUCAUGUCUGAAAUCAUGACGGAAAUUGAGCAGAUGGCUAAAUCAGUUUACCCGAACUUAGGGGCUAUGUCGGACAUUCAAAACCGAACAAUUGGAACCCAGAAGUAUGACAACUGGAUUAUUGACAUUCAGAAGAAAUGCCGUUUGUUGCAGCUGGAAGAUAAAAUGGAGGAGAGUCGUCUGUGUAGUGCUCUGUUCACAUAUACUGAACAUUUACGGAAAUGUAAUAAUGCACUCAUAAUUAAUGAGGAUGCCCGUACCCAUGAUGCUCUGGAUUAUUUGCAGAACUUUUAUAACAAUAUAAAGAAUGGAACAUUUACAGACAUUGAACAGAACCUGGUUAAAAAGUUUGAAGUGAAGUUGCCACAACUGUUGGAAAUUGCAAAGGAUAAUGAAAAUCCAAAGCUGGAAGAGUUGCAGUUUAUCCUAUCUGAAUCCUAUCGGGAAAAUCCAGAGACACGCACACUGCUCUUUGUGAAUACCAGAGCUUUAGUAGCGGCUCUGAAGAAAUGGAUUGAGGAAACCCCAUCACUCAGCUUUUUAAAACCAGAAACAAUAUUUGGGAGAAGCAAAAGACAUGAUAAUAUAGGAAUGACCCUUCCAAGCCAGAAAGGAGCUCUGGACACAUUUAGAAACUCAGGAGACAACAAGUUGUUAAUAGCUACAUCCGUGGCUGAUGAGGGCAUAGAUAUUCCAGCAUGUAAUCUGGUUCUUCUGUAUGAAUAUGUUGGCAAUGUUACCAAGAUGAUCCAAGUCAGAGGUCGAGGAAGAGCAAAGGACAGCAAGUGCUACCUUAUCACUAGCAAGCAUGAGCAAGCUGAAAAGGAAGAGAUUAAUUUGCUACAUGAGGUUUUAAUGAAUAAUGCAGUUGCUGUUCUCCAGAAGAAGGACAGAACUGAAUUUAUAAGACAGAAUCUUCAUUUUCAAAGAGAAGAGAAGAGGCUUCGUGAUUUUAAAAAGAAUUUUAAAGGACCUUUACUAUCAAAGGAGAACAAACGUCUGCUUUGUGGAAGAUGUAAAACCUUUGCGUGCGAUACAGAUAACAUUAGACUCAUAAAUAAAUCCCACCACACAGUGAUCGAUAGAAGCUUCAAGGACAAGUAUUUCACUAGGGAACACUCAAAGCCAGUGGCAUUUGGUGGCUUCCACAAAAAGUACAAGAUAUUCUGCAAAAAUCCCAAAUGUGGAGACGACUGGGGAAUUUCUGGCAACUACCUGAGCUUCCAGAACAUUCCACUUAUCAAAAUUGACAAGUUUGUGGUAGAAAAUGCUAACGGAUCCCAGGCAUAUUUCAAGAAGUGGGUGAAGGUGGAUUUCAGCAUAAAGGAAUUUAACAAAGAAGAAAUAGAUGAAUCCUUCUCUACCCAGACAGAUUAACACAGGACUUUUUAAAGUGGUUUUGAUAGUUGCUUAAGGCAGUAAAACAAAAAAUUAUGCAAUCUUUUGGUGAGAAAAUACAAUGUUUUUAUAAUGAAAUUAAAUAUGAAGCAAUCAACAUUUUAACUGAAAAGAGAAGUUGCCAUGAACUGUCACCAGACACCUAAGGGGAGAUUUACUAAUAUCGGAGAGUACAAAAUCUGGUGCAGCUCUGCAAAGAAACCAUCAGCUUCCAUGUUUUGAUGUCAAAGCUUAAUUGAACAAGCUGAAGUUAAAAGCUGAUUAGCUAAAAUACAGAGUUGCACCAGUAACCAAUAGUAGAGUAAUCCAAUUUUAGUAAAUCCACCCCAAAAUGUUUGGAGACUUUUGCACCUUGGUAAUGUUUUCUUUCUGUUCUGUUUCUAGCGAUGCACUUGCAAUAUUUAGCUUUACAACAGUUGGUAAAAGAAAUUCAGUAUAUAAUGAAGUGAAAAAACAUC